CGUCCCGAAUGGAACAACAAGAGACUCAGACCGACGAUCAAGCGGACGCCAGGUCACACGAGGAUCCCGCGCCGGACGACGCCGCAGCGCACCAAGCAGACGACGAAGACAUGCAACCUGCUGCUGCUGCUGCAUCAGCCCCUGCACGUAAGCGAGGCCGGCCGCCAAAGAAGCGACGCGGUGGGACUGGCGUGGACGGAUCUGCCGCUCCUUCUGCUGAGCCUGGUCCAGCCAGAGCAGCGUCGAUCUCGGCCGUGCGAUCACGCGCGGCAGCUGCGGCAACGACCGCUGAAGCGACUGGAAGUGGCAGCGCGGCGGACGUGUCGCCCGAGUUCAAGGACUUGCGCGCGCUGCUGGCGCAUGCAGAGCGACUCGCUGCGUCUGUGACAAACACGGCGGGACUUGUGGCGAACGAGUCCAUCCUGCUGCGGGAAUACGUGACAGAGCGCGAUGCGUUGCUUGAAGAACGGGCGUCGCGGCUGCGAGACGUUGCCGAGAUCACCGAGGACUAUGAAGCAAUCAACGCUGGAUUGCAGCAGCUCGUGGACGAGCGCGACCAGCUGCGCGCAGAGAUCAACCGUCUUCAGACACACAUCUACACGCCGCUCAAGGACCGCAUCGAUCAAGUCCGGCUGCAGGCUGGCAUGGCCAAGCUGCCAACCUUGCAGGACGAGCACGAUGCUCGCGUGAGUGAAUAUCUGCAGCAGCGACGUUCUGGUGCGAUUCUAUAGCCAUGGCUAGUAGGGUAUCUUCAAGAGCCUGCUUUUUCGGAGGCGGGGAGGGGAAAAGGCCGUGGAUGAGCGGCGAACAGCGUUGGGUCAAGGCUUUGUGCGAGCCAAAAGUUCAACAACGGAAUUUCUUGCCUACCUUGUCCACUCGUGGUCGUCAGAAAGUUGUUCAGUGGAACUUGGCAUCAGCUUGUGU